UGGAGUUCAGCUGCCCCAGGCAGGAUUUGCUCGCUUGCAGGGACACAGGAGUAACUUCUGCACAGGACAGUGACCCGCUGCAGUUGCCUCUCCCCAUGGAAGAAAUUGAAGCCAGAGAAGCCUGCGACUGGCUGAGAGCUGCUGGAUUUCCCCAGUAUGCUCAGCUGUUUGAAGAUAUGCAGUUUCCCAUUGAUGUAAAAACUGUGAGGGGAGAUCAUGAAUUUUUAGAUGGAGAUGCAAUUGAAUCACUGUUCAGAAGGUUGAACACAUUGAACAAGUAUGCAUCAAUGAAAGUGGAAAUAAGCCGUGAUAGGAAACGGAGUGACGACUCUGAAGAUGAUGAACCUUGUGCAAUAAGUGACAGAUGGGCUUAUGAGAGGUGCAGCCAGCGGUGGUCUCGCAUUGAGAGCCUGCCAGGUUUCCCAGCAGAGGAAGGUGCUGCUGCUCCCACCCCAGGCAGUCCAGUACUGAAGAUCAUCCACAACGAGGACAGUGUCUUUUUGGAUCAUGGUGAGAAGCACGAUGUGUCCUCAAUUCACAGCACCAGCAGUGCUGACAGUGACAUUGUUAACUCCCAAAAAGCUUUUGAAGAUGUGGAAACCAGCACGAGCUCCUCAAGAUGUUCCUCAGUUAAAGUGCCCUCACUGGACUCUGCUUUUAGUUGUUCUCCUCCCCCAAGUGAAUUUUUAAAUAUCACCAGUGAGGAGAAGCUUUUGGAUAAGUCACCAUCUAAAAAGAGGAAGAGCCUUCUAAAGAAAAUGGAGAAGCUGCACUUAAGGAGCUGCAAUUUAAGGAGUGGUCAGUCAAAGGCCAAACCCAUAAUAAGUGAACCUGUUCUUCUGGAAGGACUUAAUGAAGAAAAGAUGAAGAUGCUGAACUGUGUAAAUAUUUCUGACCUCUCUGGCAUCCGAACAAAGAACCAUUCUUCUUUUUCUCCCCAGAGCUGCAACAGCAGCAAUCAGUCUGGAAAUAGCAGCACAGGGAGCACCCCAAGCCCUGUUACAAAACCAGGCAGCCCCUGUGAAGGAAGGGGGACAUAUGCAGAGCACAUGGACUCCAGCAUGCUGUUACUGGGGAAUGAUCUAUCCCAGCAAAACCUAAAAAAUGACAUGACGGUACCAAAGAACCAGAUGUUUCAAAUACCACAAGGCCAUAAACCUGGCACUUUCCCCACAGUGCUUACAGAUAGCUCCCUGUCUGCACCAGACAGCUCUUCUGUCAACUGGAGAACUGGGAGCUUCCACGGGUGCAGGAGGAGCCGGAGCAGAAGCAGUUCCAGGGAUCCCCCAGGCCCCAGGAGUCCCCUGUCGGGCAGGGACAACAGGCUGAGUGUGUACGACAACAUGCCCAGCACCCACCUGCAGGGCCUGGAGGCCGCACAAGUCGGUGAUGACGACGUUUUCUCAGAGCUGAACAGCGUCAUAGCAGAUGUCAAUGGCCUCAAAAAGUUGGUUGAUGAGUGGACAGAGAAGUUCUCAGAUGAUGGGGAUUCUGUCUUUGCCAGUGACUUGACCUCUUUGUGUCCAGCCUCCCCUAAAGAAAGCUCCCUCGAAACAGAGAACUCGGAAGAUAAGACAGCAGGGGAGGCUGAGGGAGAGAGCAGCUGUGGCCUGGGCAAGGAGCUUGGUUCUGCAGACCUGACAUACAUCACAGACUCUAAAAAGACCAACAGGCACGGGAAGCAGCACUGGUGUGUGGAAGAGAGCGUGAGCCUGGAAAGCCUUUCCCUCCAGACUGAUGGCCAGUCAGCUGCCCAGCUGGCCCGCACACAAAAGCUGGCACUGUUGAAACUCACAGCUUUAAUGGACAGAUAUUCCCCUUCCAGUAAGCAAGGCUGGAACUGGACCAUACCAAAGUUCAUUAAAAAACCAAAAGCCUCAGACUACAAGGACAAAAAUGUGUUUGGUGUUCCUUUACUUCUGAAUGUGCAGCGAACAAGCCACCCCCUGCCCAAUGGCAUCCUGCAAGCCCUGGAGUACCUGAGGAGCCACUUUCUUGACCAGGUUGGCCUGUUCCGAAAAUCCGGUGUUAAAUCCAGGAUUCUGUCUUUAAGAGAAAUGAAUGAAACCAGCCCAAACAACGUCUGUUAUGAAGGGCAGUCAGCAUUUGAUGUGGCAGAUAUGGUCAAGCAAUAUUUCCGAGACCUUCCUGAGCCUAUAUUUACCAGCAGGCUCUGUGAAUCCUUCCUCCACAUCUACCAAUACGUGCCGAAGGAUGAGCAGUUUCAGGCUGUCCAGGCUGCUAUUCUCCUCCUCCCAAAGGAAAACCGAGAAGCUUUGAAAAUCCUCCUGUUCUUCCUGCGAGAUGUGGUGGCUUUUGUUGAGGAAAACCAGAUGACCCCAACCAACAUCGCUGUCUGUCUGGCACCUUCUUUGUUUCACCUCAACACCCUGAGGCGGGACAGUUCCUCCUCCUCAUCCAGAUCCAGUCAGAGGAAGUGCAGCUUGGGGAAGCCAGACCAGAGGGAGCUGAACGAGAACCUGGCAGCAACGCAGGGCUUGGCCCACAUGAUAAUGGAGUGCAACAGGCUCUUCCAGACUGACUUCCCAGCUUGACCGCGGCCUUUGCCCGUCAUUAUGGACUUGCCUAAUGCUCCUUAGACUGUGGCUGUCCCUGGUUGCUGUCCCUGGACCUGAUCCUGACCUCCCUUGCUGACUCACCUUCCUGGCUGCACCUGGGACCUCAUCGCCGUGGAUGUGUCUGAUGAUCCUGACUCUUGGCUGCCCCUCUGGCUCAGCUCCAGCAGUGUGGGACAGGGCAGCUGCCCUGCCAGCCCUGCUGUCCCACUUGACCCCUGGCCCCUUUCCCUCAGGGGUGCUGACCACACUCAGCUCAGACCUUCUAAUGCUCUGCUCCAGCUGCUCAUCUGGGCAGGGGUGCUGCCCCAUGGCUCCUCUGCACUGAUUCCUUAACCAGUGCUGCCUGGCUUCUGAUUGACACCCCACCCCAGGACAGCUGAGCUCCCCAGGGGUCUGAUACCUGCAUGGCAUCAGUCUCCAGCCCAGACAGGGCUCCUAAGUGCCCCUCUCACCCCCAGCCCAACCACGGCCACUGUUUCCCCAGCAGUGGCCUGAACCCCUCUGCCCAGCUCUGAGGUCCCUUGGGGUGCCCUGACACCACUCCUGCCCUGUACCCUUUGGUCUGCCCUGGCAGCACGGAGCUGGCCCUGUUCUGGCUGCAUGGCCCAUGGAAUAGCCCCAUGGAACUCUGAGCUACCCAUGGACACUCCAUACCCCCCUGCUAUGACCAUUGCUGACUGCAGCCCUGAGCUGUGGGGCUGCCCCUCACUCCGGGGUGCUGGGUCCUGCUGGUGUGACCCCCUCCCUGCUGGGGUAGGCACUGGGUGCUGCGACUCAGGGACUGCCUGGAGAGGGCUGUCCCCCUUCUGCUGGAGGCCACAGCUCAGUGUGGCAGCCCUGCCAUGCCCGUGCCCAGAGGAACACCCGGGUCUGCUGCUCUGGACCUGGACUGGUCACUGUGGCCACCACUGGACUGCGGCCGACGCUGCUGCUGCCCCUGAAGCUGAGCAGGACUCGGCCUGUCAGCACUGCCAGCCCAGGUAAAACUGCUGCCUGCCUCCCCGCACCAUCACAGAUGACAUCAAAGGCUGGGGGACCUGCUCGUACCUGGCACCUAAGG